AUGGAUGGGCCAAGACGUGUGGAGCUGCGCAAUGUAGGUGGCUACGCGGCAAAGGCUGCAGAGGACGCUCUACCGGAGCCUGAAGCUGCCGGUUGUGAUCCUGACAAGACUUCACCUGGUGAACCGUGCCCUUCUGCUAGUGGAAAAGAUGAGGAGGCUGGCACCGGUGGUUGUACGGUAGAGGAUAAUCCCUCUACCUGCAAGGCUCCGAAGGUAACUGGGCGGUGCAGUAAAGAAGUGAAUGAGGGUUGCGGAGACCCCGUGGAUAUUCCCCAAGUGGAGCCUUGCACAACAAGUGAGAGCAAAACGUGCAAUACUACUUUGGUUCUCAAGCCUGGAGGCGCUGCUGUUUCCACAGUUGUUGACGUGUCUGACCUUAAGAGAGUUGGUGAUGGUAAUAAUCAGUGCCCGCAAGGGAAAACUAAAGAGGAUGGGUCGUGUGUAGAUGCUGCUGCUCAACCUGCGCAGAAGGCGACGAUGGAACAAGUUGAAUUAAGUGACCCUGGAUCUCCUAAUGGAGACGGGCCAAAAGGUCCUUCGGGGAGCAAAGGCGAACGUGGUGUGAACAACGGCGUACACGAUCACUGUGAUUCCACUAACUCUAAGAAUUGCUCGCAACCACCGGAUAUGAUUCGGCAGGAGAGGUCUGACACUCAACCUCCACACCAGUCGCCGCGUGAGACCGGGCAAGUUCAGACAGUUAGAAGAAACAUGAACAGCGGUAAUACAAACGAGGGCGCUAACAGUAACGAAGCUGAGCAUCAGGACACUGGCCCGGGCACUCGGGGCAUCGGUGGCACCNCAGCGGUAAUACAAACGAGGGCGCUAACAGUAACGAAGCUGAGCAUCAGGACACUGGCCCGGGCACUCGGGGCAUCGGUGGCACCACACAGAAUAAAUUGCAGGAAGAAAUGA